AUGCAGUUUCGCGAUGGCAACACCGGCUUCCUGGCUGUCCUGGGAGCCACCCUUGGUGCCUUCAUCGCCGGUCCAGUCGCCGCGGUGUCAUGCAGCCCAUACGUGCCUUUCGUGCCAAUUGACCCCCAGGAUUGGGUGAAUCCGGACAACAUGACUUGGGGUGACUUCGUCCCACCGCCCGGCACGAACUGGUCGGACCCGGCGCGCAAGGGUUCCAGCCGCAACUUCAACAUCGCCCUCGUCGUCGUAGACUACCCCGACAGGCCCUUCGUCAUCACUCAGCCGGCGCACUCGACCAUCUUCAACAACCCGCAGCCUGCAGGUGCCGACAUUCCCCGGGAAAAUGUGCCGGCCUUCUACCGCGAUCUUCUCAACACGCCGAAUGAGCUGAACAAUGGCCACACCCUCCACGAGUACUGGAUGGAGGACUCGGUCGGUCGUUUCGGAGUCGAUUUGACAGCCUUUGGCGCCUACCAACUAUCUGGCAACGGAUACCAAUACGGAAUCGACGGCAGCUUCAAUCCUGGUGCCUGUCCCGAGGGAGAGAGGUGCGGUCUCAACAUUCGCACCGACGCGCUUGCCGCCUGGCGCGCCGAGGUCGGAAACGCCACCGCCGAUGCCUUUGAGCUCGUCUUCAUCCUCUCCGCCGGCCAAGACGAAUCCUCCACGUGGCAAGAGUUUGGUGAGAUGAAGUUCAACGGCCCCGAGGACGUGCCGGACGAGUUCGGCCCGCCCAAGAAGGCGAACAGCUCGCAGCCCAACUACGCGCGCACGCGCUACGUCCCGUGGUCGUCGUGGGCGGCGGCGUCGACGCUCUGGCCCAAUGCCGGCGGUGGCUCGUCUACCCAGGGCGAGAGUUCGGGUAUGGCUGUCUACGCCCACGAGCUGAGCCACUUGCUCGAUAUCGGCGACAACUACAAUAACCCGUACGGCCUCCCUCUGCGCAGGGCGUACACGGGGCCGUGGUCCAUGAUGUCGCGCGGCUCUUUCAACGGUCCCGGCGGCCCCCAUACGCGCUGGCAGAUCCCGGCGCUCCAGGGCGCGUCCAUGGGCUCGUUGCACACGCUGCGCGACAAGUUCCAGCUCGGGUUGAUUGAUAAGACUGACAUCCUGUGGCUGUCGCGCGAGGGCCUGGCAACCUCAGGAAUCGCUGUUGCGAACCUGGUGGCUCGGUCCGUCGACCCCGGUGACGGCUUGAUGGGCGUCCGCAUCAUCAUGGACGGCGAUCGAUCCCCAGCUUGCAACGUCACGACCGAAGUGCUCUGCGACGGCGGCCGCUGGGACAAUUACGACAUUGAAGUCGUGGACCGCAUGGGCUCGGACUCGUUCCAGCCCGAUUCCGGCGUCCUGCUCAGCAAGUCCAAGAACGUCGACAACCAGCCCUUCCAGUGGGUCAUUGACGCGAACCCGGAGGAUAUUGAACUCGUCGACUUUUACCGGCCCAACGGCUCUGUGGCCAUGAUUACGUUGGGCGACUACCGCCAGCUCGCCGAUGCGCUCUUCCACGCGGGCACGAACUCGGGCAGCGAAUUUGAGUUCAUCGACGUGCCAAACAGCUUGCAUUUUUACAUCGUCGACCGCCAUCGAGACGACGAGGGCAUCCUCUCCUAUACCGUCGCCAUCCGGUCCCUGACCGGCGAAGGCGGCGCGAGCACCCACGACGUCGCGCUGGAGGAUGGCGCCGUGACGGGCGCCAAGAACAGCACGGCCACCAGCCAGGGCGUGACGUGCUCGUUUCAGCUGACCAACAGUGGCACCUACGUCGCCGUCGACCCCGAUGCGGCUCAGCACCCCGAAGACGUGUCUGCCUUUUUGGGCUCGGACGUCUACAGGCUGAGCGCCGAGGUCGAGGGUGCCGGCUGGCGGGUGGCGUUGCCCAACGCUCUCGUCACGGCCAAGUUCGGCGAGAUCAAGACGACGUUUGUUUCGGUGGGUGCCGCGUCUGAUGCGGCGAGCACGGCGGUGGUGACGCUCAAGGCGACGUCGGAGUCUGAUCCGUCUGUGGCGGCGUCGGCGCAGUGCCAAGUGACCAAGUCAUGA